AUGGCAGGUUCAUCUGAUCUAGAACGAAGGACAGACUCGGAGGAAGCGCGACUCGAGCGACUGGGACGAGAGCGCCCGCCAUGCUUCUCAAGUGCCUGGUCCGAGUUGACCUUUUGCUUCUCCAUUGUCAUGUCGCAAAUCCUGGCUGAAUACUACAUCUCCGGUUCCAACAUCCUCCUCCCUACCUUGAUCGAUGCCCUGGACAUCCCUCUCGCUUCGUCCAUCUGGCCGUCCACCGCGCUCUCACUCGUCGUAACUUCCACUCUGCUCAUUUUUGGCCGGCUGGGGGACAUGUACGGCGGCUUUGUGUUGUACCUCUUCGGUGCCGGUUGGCUCACCUUCUCCUCCAUCCUGGCCGGCUUCUCGCAGAGCUGGCUAAUGCUUGUCAUCUGCCGAGCCCUCCAAGGUCUCGCACUCGCCUCUUUCUUGCCCUCGGGCUUGAUGAUCUUGGGGAGUGUCUAUCGGCCUGGCCCGCGGAAGAACCUUGUCUUUAGCGUGUACGGUGCGUGUGCGGCGCUGGGCUUCUUCAUUGGCAUUUUCUUCUCGGGACUUUGCGGCCGCUUCCUCAGCUGGCGAUGGUAUUUCUUCAUCGGUGCAAUUCUCUCCGCCAUCACGGCGGGGACAUCGUAUCUGUCUAUUCCAUCAGAUUUUGCUGAGAGGCGUAAGAAGCGGACGGUCACGAUGGACUGGCUGGGUUCGGUGCUGCUGGUGCCCGGCUUGGUCUUGCUGGUCUAUGCAAUUGCGGGUAGCUCGCAUGCCCCCAAGCAGUGGGCGACGGCCUAUAUCGAUGUGUGCUUGGCCUUGGGGGUGGUGCUGCUGGCAGCCUUUGUAUAUGUGGAAGGAUGGGUGGUGAGCAAGCCGCUGGUGCCGGGGGAUGUGUUUGCGGUCAAGUACAUGAAGCCGCUGCUGCUCUCGCUGGUGUGUUUGUACGGCAGUCUGGGUAUCUUUCUCCUUUACGGCGCACUUUACAUGCAAGGAAUCAUGCACGCCUCGCCCCUGCAGAUCGUCGCUUGGACCGUCCCCAUGGCCGUCGGGGGCCUUCUCAUCUCCACCGUGGGUGGCUUCAUUCUCCACCGCAUCUCUGGCACGAAUCUGAUGAUCAUCUCAUGCCUGGGCUACCUGGGGUCCGGACUAUUCUUUGCCCUGAUGCCCGAGAACGGAGGGUAUUGGCCAUUCGUCUUCCCAGCGAUGAUCUGCGGCACCAUCGGAAUCGACAUCAGCUUCAACGUGACCAACGUCUUCAUCACGAGCAACCUGCCGCUGGAGAAGCAGGGACUGGCAGGGGCGCUGAUCAACUGCACGUUGCAUCUGGGGAUUGCGCUGCACUUGGGCUUUGCGGAUAUCGUGCAAGUCAAUACGGAGGAUAAAGGGACGAGGAAGAGUUAUCAGGCUGUGUUCUGGUUCCAGGUGGCCCUGUGCGCGGUGGGACUCGUCGUAAAUGCACUGUGGGUGAGGAUAAGUCGAGCGAAGAGUGAAUUGACGGUGGACGAGAAACGGGCGCUGGAGGCUAGUCAAACUGAUUGA